AUGGCUUCUGCCUCCUCGAAGAAACAGCGGAGAAGUAAUGAGGGGGAAACCCUGACCCUGAACCAGCUGAGGACCCUUGGGGAGCAGCUUCUCUCUUCAAAGGCUCAUGUCAACAACCUCCCCCGCCUCUUGUCGUUCCUAUCCCCUUCCUCUCCUCUUCAGUUCGUUCUCGAGUCCCUCCUCACGCUCCAGUCUUUCUUCAUCACGCUCCUCCCAGAGAUACAGUCAUCUCCUUCCCCUCAGAAGUUUCUGGCCCUCGAAUUACCCAGAAAGGAUGAAGAGGACCCGGAAGCAGUCUACAGGGUGUGGCUCCGGUCCCGGUUCGACGAGUUCGUCAACUCGCUCAUCCAGUUGGCCGUCUUUCCUCGGACGGAAGAAACCAUAAAGGUACGGAGGCAGAAUUUAUUUAGUCCCGGUAGUUCAAAUUUAAUGCCUCUUCUUCCUCUGUUGAAGCUUGGAAGGCCAGUUAUUGUUGAUCCUGAUUAGUUGUAUUAACUGACUCCCUCGUCGAUAUAAUUUAUUCAAUUAUAUUUUAUUAGUUUUUCAUUUUUUUUACUUUUGCAAAUUGUUCAGGAUGUAGUUUUGGAUGCGCUGAUGGAGUUUAUUAAGCUAGGAAAAGGUGGAAGAUUUCAGUCGGCGAUUUAUCACAAGCUUAUUCACAGUCUUGUAAGUCAUUUCUUGAAAAUGCGGCUGAUAGAGUUUGGUUUUAUAGAUUCAAUCAUUAAAAUCAUCAGCUACGGAUAAUGUAUAAUAAACCUUUAUUCGAUGUACAUCUACUCUGGUGGGUUCUUCGUUUGAGUCUAAUUCUUGAAUAAACUUCCUUUAUCUAAGUGCAGAAAUUUGUUGUUCCUUUAAUUUUUUUAGGAAAGAGUGCAUGGCAUAUCUAUAUGCAUCAUCUAAAUUUAACCCCGACUAGCUAUCCCAAAACAAGAUAGGUCCAUUGCUGGUCUUAUAAAAUUAUUUUAAAUGAUACAUAAUGAAAUAAAUAAGUACCGCUGUUUGGUACAAUUGUAAAAAAAAAUUAUAUCCUCCUUUUAAUUGUUCUGUCUCCAUCGAAAUUGUCAGAAAAAUAUAUAGGAUAACAUUUGAAUGAUCAAAAGCGAAUGCAUAAUUCUAAAUUCAAUUUCUUGGAAAAAUGUUGUCGUGGUUUUCUUAAUUAUCAUUAUGCUCGUCAUUAUCUAUCUGAGCUUUAGAAUGGGCUUCCAUGACUGACUGAACUGGAGCAAGGUUUUCAUAGGGGAAAAGGCACUCUGUUCAUCAGGGGUUGACUUGAGAAGAUCAGGCGAAGACUCUAAUGGGCUCUGAACCUAAUGAUGGGCUCAUGUCUACUAUUGCAUAUCGAUGCAUCUAAAUUGCCAAAAUUUAAAAUUUAUGUCCCUUUUGAUGCCGCCCUUGCGAACCGAACCACUGAUUUCUGAGACAGCAUUGGGUGGGACGGAAUAGAGUCGGAAGAAAAGAGAAUUGGAGAAAAGCCACGCUGCUCAUCAGGGUUUGAUUUGAACACAGCUGGCGAAAACCCUAGUUUUGUUCUGGACUUUAUGAGGGGUUCAUGUCUGCUUACACUUCAAUGUAUCUAAAUUGCCAAAAAUUAGCAUUUACUUGGCUUCAGAUGCCGCCCUUGCUAACCCGAUCACCAAUUGCUAGCAAAACAUUGGGUGGUUAAUACAGUGAAGGAAAACCGAAAUUAAUUCCUUUGAUGGUGUUACAUAUCUUGCAUAGUGACAAAAAAAGCUUAAAGAAGGGCCAACUUCGUGAGUGGUGACGGCUGUUUAUGGAAUCGAAUUUGUAGCUGUGAUCCACUGAAAGGUUCGUGAAUUCUUUCAUCUCCCCAGAAAUCCUUCUAGAGUUUGUUAACUCAACGAGACAGUUUUCUGAUUAAUAUGAUUCCAUUUUUCUUUACUAAAAUCAGAGAACUUUGGUUGAUAACCCUAAUUUUCCCUCUUCUUAUCUGCUGCUGUUGAUGUUGAUGAAUUGAAUGAGCUUGCUAGUUGACCAAUGCUAUGGGUAUAACCUAAGUUACACAUGAUUAGUUCAUAUGAUUUGAUUUUUUUUAAGUCAACAAGUGGACAUGAAUAAUGAUUUGAAGAAUUUCAUUUAAUGCUGGAGGUUAAAAUCAGGUUUGUGGGUUUUCAACUAUCUCUUCGUUGAUAAACGUUUUGAUCUGUGUGGAAUUCGCUGGAUUCAUCAGUGAGGAAAGAGCAUUUGCCCUGCAACUGUCCUGUAUUAUUUGGUUGAGUUCAAGAUUCAGACGCAUCAGCUUCAUCAGUCAACAUAACGUUUCAAACUUUUCUGACAAUAUUUUCAUUUCUGUCUGCUACGAUAUGCGUGACUCUUCCCAGAAUGAAGCUUUUUUAGAUGGUCCUUGAGAUCAAUUUUGGUUUAGUUUGUUAUCACUUCUGCGCGUGCACCUUUAUUGUCUUUUGUUCCAGAACCAUUUAUUUUCUUAAUUUGAUUUACUACUUUAUGUGAUGCAGGUUCAUUCCGCAUCUUCUGUUCAGCUUACAGUUGACCUACUUGUGACAAAAUACUUAAAGUUUAUUGAUGUUCGGUAUAUUCCAAUAACUCGGAACUAUCUUAUUAUAAUUUAGUGCUAUAGGCGUCGUGCAUUUCAAACAUGUUGUUUGCCUACCUUACAAAUGUCUAUGAAUAAGAUUCUUUACUCAUUUUAAGGAGUGUCUUUCUUGUUUGAUGCCAGCCAUUUCAUUGUUCUGCAUUCAAUGAUGAACAUUUGGAUCGCUAUUUUCUGUCCAUUAUUUCUCACAAGUUCCUCAUAUUAUUGACAUAAUUGAUUGGAAACUUGCAUAUUUUGUGGCGUCUCAGUGGUACUGGUUAGAAUGCACUUUGAAUAUGAGUGACCAUCACUACUAUAAUAGCAAGAUAACUUGCAUUUUUUAUUCAACUCUAACCCCUUUGUGUCUUUCCGUCUUUCCCAUAUGGCUGCAUAGUUUACACUAAUUUCACUUUAGAUGCGCCUGCCUCUAGCUUCCCACUUUAAUUGACCAGCUUCUUUAUCCUUCAGUUUCAAGCCUUUUCUCCGUUUUCUUUCAUUCAAAUCUAGAAUGACUUUUUUGAAUUAUCAAGUAUUUGGUUGAAAUGACCCAAUUCUAAAUUUAUCAAGAAACCAUAUCAGCAAUCAACUACCUUUGUUAGAAACUUAAGUCUAAUAGUUAUAACUACUAUCAUGGCUUCAAAUGUGCUCCAGCAUAGAUUGAUGUUUGUUCGGAUAUCUAGCACAAUUAGAAUGAUUCUGGAUGAAGCUUCAUUUAUCACAAAUUUGGUGGAUUAAUGAUUGCUAUACUCUCUCAUGACAAUUACUUGUGAUAUUGAUUCUUGUGUGAUAGUAUGUUGGUCUCCCAUGAUGACCCCUAAGGUUGCUUAGCGGGUUAGCCGUUUAUAGAUGUUGAAUUGUCCAGUCAAUUUAUACAAUGAAGUCAAUAUUUGGUUAUUCUUCGUAGUUCUUUCUUAUGAUUGCAGAUAUUUCACCUACACGAGUUUGGGGAAGGUUACAAAGAGUUAUGAGUCAACAUGUCGCAGUGGUAAGUAUUUAUCGUGGUCUUUAUGGCUCCCUGAGGUCGCUUAAAUUUAGAGGUCUCCAUCAAUUUGUGCAAUCCUUGGGUUUAUUAGCGCUCAUGUUUUCUUUCGAAAAUCUUAAGCUUUGAAAUUUAUCCCUGCGUAUUUGUUUCUGUUUUUUUGACUUCUCUACUGUCUACUUCCGUCAGAGGAUGGAGAAAGGAAUCCAGAAAGUGGCGAUGUAUCAGGAAGAAGGUAAAGACUAUAUCUCUAUCUAUAUCUCGCUCUAUGUGGUUUAUAUGUUCUCCGUCAGCGGCCAUUUCUGGACUGACACCCGUAAUUCUUCCUAGCAUGUGAACAUGUUUAUGAUUUUUUUAUUUCAGAGUUCGUUUCCCCUUUAUCAGUUUACCCUUUAGUGACUUAAGAGUCAAGUUGCUUACAUUCUUAGGAUUUUUCCUUCAUGGUAUUGUGACAGUUUUGCCUUUUGUGUACUUUAAGAGACAGCAUGUGGUAUGAAGUGAUCAGAUGACCUCUAAAAUGAUCACUGUACAUUGCUAAUCCUAGUUGUUUUUCACUAAGCAAACUAGUUCGCUAUUAUUAAAGCAACACAGUACAUAGCUAAAAACUUGAUGUUGGAUUAUAGUCAAUAAUUACCUCUUAUAAGAAGGUAUCUACAUGAUCACUGUAGCUAAAAAGGAUUAGCAUGAAAUAUGAACAGUUCAGGUCACAUAAAUGAGACAUGUCAUCUUUGUUCUGCAAGAAGUUCAAUGAACAGUUGGUUUUCCUUGUUCUCCACUUGUCACAUUCCCUGCUGACUUUAGUUCAGUCUGGUUUUCUGAUCAUACAUGUAUUGUCUCUUUGACAACAAUGUGCACUUUCACAUUCUUUAGAAUGUGAUGCUAACAAGUCUGACAUUUGUUCUUUACAUAAAUGGUGCUUUUCAAAACAAAAACCGUCUCUUAAAACUGAGCAUAUCAGAUUGGAGACUGCUAUACACAAUAUUUACAACAUUCUUUCCCACAUUCCUGUAUCAGAUGCCCUGCUGAGAAUCAUGUCAUGAGAUGUGGAGUCAAUAGGUGUACUAUAAUUCCAAUUUUAAAAUUUUAGUUCGUGGUACUACGUGAUCCUUUAUUGCAUUAUCUUUUCUGGUGAUUAUUCUAAUACAAUCUUCUGUGCUUAUUUAUUGACCUGCUAUCUCCACGGUAAUGUCACAGACGCUCAACAUUAAAGAACCAGAAAAAUGGUCAAUGUAACGAAUGUAUCCUCAUGUGAUGGUUAAUAAAAGGAAGACACCUGUGAUUGAUUGACAUUCUUUGAAAAUAAACAGUGCUGCGUAAGUGCUGUUCCGAAAAUGUAGUAUCGAGUCGGGUGGUUUGUGACCAUGAAAUGGGAUCUAAUAUCUGUUGAUAUGAAAGCACCGAUACAACUGAUCUGUUGGAUAUGAUGUUAGUGUGAUUCUUUCAACCAUAUUCCUGUGUUUUUUGUGAAGAAUGUGAAAAAUAUUAUCUUAAAAAGUGUAUGCUACAAUGAGAACAUCCUUUUAUACCUCUAUUCAGUCAUUGUUUUUCGGAAUUGGCCAAUCAUUUUGUCAUCGGAUCUGACCCUACGAAAGAGGAAACAAAGCCCUCUCUGCUUCUUGCUCUCCGGUGAUGACUGUUGCUGGUUACCUGUUACAACUCCUCGCCGCCAGCACUUCCAGCCGGUGCUGCAGGUGCCUGGCCACAAGUUAUCACCCUCUACCAGUCGUUCGUUUGAGUUUCAGAACUCUUUGGGGAACGAUAAUUAUAUUAAGUUUACAUUUGAUGCAACUCUUCUCAGCAUUCGUAAUGUAUUUAAACUUUGUCCGAGCACCCACAGGUAUCAAGUUUGGUUUUUGGGGUACUUUGGGGAGUUUACCCUUUGGCCAAACCUUCUAUAUGCUUAUUGCACUUGUGAAUUUUUGGGUUAAAAAUGCCUAAAUACUUUAUUGUUAAAAUAUUUUUAUUUUUUGACCUGGUUGGCAUUUAUCUAGAUCAGAUAUUAAUCCCAAUCCUGGCUGGAUCAAACCUUACUAACCCAGCAGUCUGAUACUCCUCAGAUUGUCAUAUUUGAUCUCUUUCUUUCAUUUCAUCAGUGUUUGUUGGCAAUUUUAUCCUUGACCGGCUUCAUCAAAAGGUGAACGCUAUUGUUAAGAUCAUUUUUUUCCCAGUUUCUACUAGCAGAACAUGCAUGAGAAAGGUGAUGGUGAUUUUUUUUCAUCUCCAUUCUUUUUUUUUCUUAUUCUUCCCUUGCAUUCAUUCCUUCAUUUCCAAGGGUGGCCAAAAGUAAAUGGAAAAUUUUAAAAUGCCCUUAUUAGUUGGCCUCUCACGAGUGGCAUUCGUUGAUCUAGGGGAACACAGUGCUCUCUAAAUCCGACCGUUAACAGCUGCAUGCCUAAGCUCCUGGUUGUUUCUGAAUUUUCCUACCACCUUAUUCCCUAGGCAAUGCCUUGAAGACUGACAAUGUGCAUCCAUGAUUAUCCUUUAUAUCCUCCCCUGGUUGGAUGGUUUUGGAUGUUUAUGUCCCAAUAAUGAUAUUUUUUAUUGGCAUAUCACCGAUGCCUGGAGCCCUGCUUGAGAAUGAUUUUUCACAUUACUUCUGAGCAUUGCAAGCCUAUUUGUUUCUUUUAAAGAAUGCCAUAAAUACUUUUCAAAAACUUGCUGAUGAUUUUCUCUGAUUUCUCUUGACGGUUUGAUGUUCGUCUUCUUUAUUUAAUUUCUAUCACUGGUCUAUUGGUAGUUUUUCUGCUUUUGUCUGGCGUGUUUUUCUUUGAAUACCCUUAAUACGGAUACAUUCUUACAUUCUUCAAUGUUGUCUUGUAUUCUUUAUCCUCCAUUCAUAACCAACAGUCGUUGUGGAAUGUUGUUUGCUAAAUGUUUUUGGAAUUUCCUGGUGUAGGACUUCUAUCCAAAGAGACAGAAAAUACAUCAUCCUCUGAGGCCUUGCCUGUGAACGGUGAUCCUAAGAGGUCAAAAAUGGUAAAAACCAAAGUGCCUGUCAUUGCUUUCCUCGUUGAUAUCUUGUUUGGAACGAACUAUUUACGUCCAUUGUUCAAAGUCUAAUUGUAUUUUUGUCGUCCAAAUGUAAUUUGUUCACCUUUUUAUGUUUUUAAAGUUUAUUCAAUGCUAUAUGAAAUGAUGGAAAAUGUUAUGACCUAGAAAUUAUGCAGAUGUAUGCUUAGAAGUUAUAUGUGAGACCAUUCAUUUCAGAGCUUACGUCCCAUCAUAAUAAAAGAUCCUACCACGUUGAUCUCUUUCAGAUCUCAUCCUUCUUUUCAGCACUCAUCAGGAUGUUCUCCAUGACUUUUGUAUGAAACUUAUGCAUGUGUGUUCCUCCUACCAAAUAGAUGCCACCCCUCCUUGUGAGAGACCGGUAGUGAUCUCUCUUUUAUCCAUGAUUCAUUCCUUUUAUGUAUGACAUUCUUCCUUCAGUAUAUGAUUUUAUUUGUUGACCAUUCCUGGGAUUGUUGUCCGUUCAUAAUAUUUUUCGUCAUAUACACAGGUCGGUUCUUCAACUCAUAUCACCAAAAAGUUUAAGGCGAAAUUUACUAAAGCAUGGAUUUCAUUUCUUAAACUACCACUCAGUCUUGAUGUGUAUAAGGAGGUAUUAUUUUUCAUGGCAAUAAUUUUACUUUCUAUUGUGGUUUUAUCAGACUGGUUCCCUUAAAUUUUCACUCAAUUGCUUUCAAGUGGUGUCAAAUGAUACCUCUUAGUAAUUUCAAUGGUUUAUCAGUUUGCCUCCUGAUUGAAGUUGAAAUAUAGUAACAGGGUGUUUAAUUAUUUGAUUUUCCAUGUGCACAUUCCCUACUCAGCUCAUAGUCAGCGUUGUUCUCUUCUGCUCAUCAUCUCACAUUUUUGUAACACGUCUUUAGUGCUAAUGUUCAGGUUCUUGUUGCUCUUCCUCAAAUGGUAAUCCCUCAUGUUGCCAAUCCUGUUAUAUUAUGGUAAGCUGUGUCAUGAAAUUGUUUUUAGUCGGGUCAUGGACCAUCUGUUUGAAGACAUCUUGUGACAUUCUAAUCUAUUAUCAUUUGUCAAUCCUCAGUGAUUUCUUGACAAGGUCGUAUGAUAUUGGAGGCGUUAUCAGUGUAAUGUCUCUCAGCAGUCUCUUCAUUCUUAUUACACAACAUGGUGUUGAGUAUCCAAAUUACUACGACAAGCUAUAUGCAUUGUUGAACCCAUCAAUUUUUCUGGCCAAGCACAGGGCCAGAUUUCUUCAGGUGAAUCUUAUCAAGAAAACACGAGUGCCUGUUUUUAUUUUCCAGCCGCAGAGAUUUAGAAAAAGCAUAUAGUUUUAGUGAAAGAUGGUAUAUAUUUUCCAUUUUAGAUGUACUGAUAUUGUAAUGCCAUGGAUUCUGUGAAACAAUUGUGAUAUCAUGCAAUGACUUUUUUAAUCAUGUAUAUCGUUUUUCACAGGUGACUGUAAUUGUCACCCCUUCAAAUGUGGGGAUUAUUUCUGCUUCAAUAUACGCCCAUUAAGGUCAAUGGAAUUCCAGCUUUGUUUUAUUUUCCCUUAAAAAAUAAAUUGUAAUGUAAGAAAUCAUGUAAUGUAAAUCUAAACUUAGUAAGUGUGAUGAUAACAAAGAAUGAUGAACAUCAACAUAAGAAUGAAGCUUUAAAUGAUUAUUAAACAUUUAUAAUGGAGGAAUCAUACUUUCUGUUUAAAAUCCUUGAGAAGGUUUGGUAAAACGUAGCAUGUGAAUAAUCUCUUUCCAGAUGCACAGCCUUUCAUCAAUUGUAUAUGUAUGAGUGUUGGGAGAGAGAGGAUCUUAGGAUGUCUUGAAAUUCUCAAGAAAUAAGAAAGGUAUCUAAAUCUUGUAGAUAAAGGGUUUCACUUCGGGGUCUUUUAGUGAUAUUUAACACUUGAUAGUUUCCUUAUUGAAUUCCGAAGUCAAAGAUCUUUUCUUCCUAAUUCAUAGACAAGCCUUAAGAGCAACAAGUGAAUUUGAUGCAAAAUAUUCUAAAUGAUCACUCUGUCUCUCUAGAAAAAGACAUUUGUUAGUUUUUAAGUCUCCUAAGCUUCUAUUUCACCAAGGUAUAAUGACGUGUAUUUAAUCGCAUACUUUUUAAAUGGAGCCCCUUAAUUUCGGGAAUAUUCCAUGAAGAUAGAUUGUUCUGUCUUUUUAGAAUCAAGAAGAUUGUGAUCAUAUGAAAUAAGACAAACCAUCGUGCACGAGAAAAUGUCAUUUUAUUUAUAAAGAGAAACAUGCCAGCAUUGUUUUAUCCCAUUGUAAGCCGUCAUUUGAUGGGCAUAAUUGGCAUCUGUGCUUGAAUUAUGUGCCUAGAUACCAUUAUUUGAUGUGGAGCAAACUGCAUUGACUGAAUGGACUGUCAUUUUGUGAACUAAAUUAAAGUAGCUUUUUGUACUGAAUGUUUGUAUGAAAGGGAAUUUAAUACAUAUGUGCUGAUUUCUAACAGUCUUCUGUCCCAUGCUUUGCAGCUCUUGGAUACUUCAUUGAAAUCAUCACAUCUUCCGGCCUACGUAGCUGCUGCAUUCACAAAGAAGUUAAGCAGAUUGACACUUUCCGCACCUCCUUCAGGAUCUCUUGUCAUAAUUGCAAUAAUUCACAAUCUUUUGCGGAGACACCCCUCAAUUAACUUUUUGGUGCAUCAGGUAAGAAGCACCCCAAGAUCAAGAAUUAUAGAUUUUUUUCAUAAAGGAAAUGUGUAGAUCUUGUUAGCUACUGUCCAAACUUAAAACAUCAUCCUUCAACAUCCGCAAUAUUCGAGUAGUUUUUUUUUAAUAUCCAUGUUGUUUAUAUUUUUUCUUCCCCUGUGGGACCAAUUGUUCAUUGUAGAAAAUACUAACUUUAUGGUGCUGUUUCCUUGUUCGCUAGCCUCGAUGAACAUAUCAUUUUUACUGGCGUUCGUCGUUUCUUUUCGUGUGGUUUUUUUGUUUUUGGUUCAGCACUUAGCACCGUGUUGGUAGCAAGGUACUAAUUUUGUGAUUCAUCUUUGUCGUGUGGUUUUCUGUUCACCAAAUGUUCUUGCCUGGCUGUUACUUCCGAUCUCCAUCAAGGUCUGGUACAUACAUGCCCGACUUCAGGGGCUCCUGACCUUGAAGAUCAGUUGGGGCUUAACUCUAUCUUACUCGCCCAUAUGAAAUCUUGAAAUGAAGGUUGUAUAUUUACUGCAGUAAUGUGAUUUUAAGUUCUCACUGUGAAGCGUUGGGCUCCUAAUAAAAGGCUUAUUGAGAAGAUUGGUGUAUCUGAGACGAAAAUGUUUGUGGAGACAAAUCAUUGGCUUCUUUUAGUAACAGUAAGGAUAACAACAAUAUAGCAUGAUGCUCUUAUUUGCGUGUUCAAGUAAUGGCAUUUUAUGAGGUCGCAAUGUGAUGAGAAUCAGGAUUUUCUGGCAAGAAUUUUUUGGCUUCAGAGUUUCUGAAAGCGAUUGACCGGAGGAUGUGAGGAAAAGCCUAGUAAUUGGCCCGUGACUCUCGGUUUCUAAGGGAACUAUGGCAACAUGCCUGGUUGUCGUUGUGUGAUCUUCCGCAGCCCUGUGCAGCGUGCCAUUCUGGAAUGACGUUGUUCAAUGCAUUUUUAGGAUUUAGACGAGCAUAGAUAAAAAAAAAUAAAAUUGAUGAUUUAUAUUGGUGAAGAAGUUCGUCAGUUAUCCAAAAACUUUUCAUGAUUUAUAUUUUUUGUGAAUAUUUAGAAAUUAUAUUGAUAUAUUUCCUUUUUACAGCCCGUUGGUGAUGAAAAACCAGAACAUUCAUCAAAUGGAGCUGAUGAAUCUAUUGAAGAUGGUACAAAAUCUGGUACUGGUCCAAGAAUGGGUGGCAUGAAGCGAGGCAAGGAUCCAUUCAACAUUGAAGAGACUGACCUUGUGAAGACGAACGCCAUGAGUAUGCUACUAUAUUUAUCUCUGUUAGAGAUUUCUAUUCUCUUCUUAGAGCCAAAUGCCACGACUUUACUUUCUUGUUUAAAAACCGAUAGUUAGUGAGUAAAUAAUGAUCAAGUUGAAAGACAGGCCUGAGCUUUAUCUGGAGUCACUGGAGCCUGAUACAGUUGAUCACUCUCUGCUCCACCUCCCAAGGCAACAUAAUGCGUCAACAUUAAUUUAAUGGGAAAUAUUCCCCAAGGGUAUUGAGAAAGGUUGAAAUGAAAACAAAGGAGCUGAAAGCAAGCUGUGGAUGAACCAGAGGCUUUAUUUGUUCAACUAUUCCAUAAGCACUGAAACCAAUAAGUGGCGCCUAGCUCUUUUUUAUUAUUAUUCCUCCUUUCAAAGCCAUGGUGAUGUUAAAGCUAUGCGAGCAAGCAAUGGGUGAACCAGAGGCUUUGCAUGUUCCUACCUGAUUUCGACGCACAAAAAUGUUUUGAAGAACAAUCUAAAAAAUACCCAGAUUUUCUCGUUUACUCUGUCAGGGUUUAGAGAGGCAUGCCAAGGCAAAUUUGGGGUUUUUUAGUGCAAGGAAGAUCGAGAACAAUCUGAUUAAUGACAAAACAUGGCAUUAUAGGGGGGAACAAAUCGCAAAUCUCCUUCUUUUGGUCUCUUCUCCUUAGAUGUCAUGAAGUUAGGCCCUGAGCAAGUUUGCCGUUUUUCUUCAAGCUCAUCAUAGCCUCUGUUGCUUGCAUUACCAUUCACAAUUUCGGUGUCCACAUGAUUUUGACAUGAAUGUCGUAGCAUGAUUUCCUUUAUUACCAAUUCGGGUGCCCAGUAUUCUUCUCUGUAAGCUACACCUCGCGAAAUUGAAAUCAUGGUUCUUCGUAGUUAUUGGAUUUUGGCUGAUGCACGGCCUAUUUUCCGAGGCCCCGGUGAAUUGGAGUUACAUGUACGUACUUGUAAUUUGAUGAUUAAAGAUUCCAUUUCUAGGCCUUCAUCUCGUCGGUUACUAUCUUCAGAAAGGAGAAAGGUAGAAUUGUGGUGAUCAUAGCACCCAUAGGACGAAUAACCAUAUUUAUUUAUUUAUUUAUUUAUUUAUUAGUAUUAUUAUUAUUAUUAUUAUUAUUAUUAUUAUUAUUAUCUGUCGAAGUUGGUGUUUCUAUGAUCUUACGAUUUCUUUUCUUUUUUUGAAAAAAAAAGGGUUUGAUCGAGCUCAGAAUUCUAUCUGGGCCUCCAUUAGUUCUUCUGAAAUAGUCGUCCGAUCAGUGUUUAACUGUUGUUGUAUGGUUUUUUUGAUGAGAUCCUGCUUGUCUCAGGAAGCUCUCUUUGGGAAGUUGACACCAUGCGCCACCACUACUGCCCAGCCGUUUCGAGGUAUUUUCCUUCGUUGCAGUCUAUCAGGCGUGGCUGGAAUCUCCCAUACCAGACCAUUACCCGAUACCAUCCAUGACCCUUCUUCCCGGCAGAUUUGUCGCAUCGCUCGAGACUGAUCUCACUGUGAGAGCAAAGACCUCCGAAGUGACUGUGGCAGACUUCUGCUCCGGUUCCUAUUCCUCCAUCUUCAGAGACGAGGUGAGCAGUCCGCGGCUGUUAUCCAAUCGAUCAUUUGACGAUCUUCCUCUGUUUUUUGAGAAAACAAAGACGAACCCACAAUCGUUGUUAUGAUUUUGCUAUAGAAAUAACGUUCUGACGAGCUCUUCCCGACUGAAACAUGCAGAUCAAGAAGCGGAUUAAACAGGUACCGGUGGCGUUCUACAAGGCGACCCCGGCCUCCCUGUUCUCGGCGUCGGACUUUGCGGGCUGGUCGUUCGGGGAAGAAUCAUGA